GGCAAUAGGUAGAGAGAAUUUUCGCGCUCAUUUGCGCGCCUAGGUUGCAUCCCUCUCUCUUGCAGCAGCAGAACCCUUAGGUCUCGAGAAUGCCGGAGUUGCCGGAGGUGGAAGCGGCGAGGAGGGCGGUCCAAGACCUCUGCUGUGGUAAGAGGAUCGUCCGCGCCGUCGUCGCCGACGACUCCAAGGUCGUCGAUGGCGUCUCUCCCGCCGAAUUCGAGAAAUCGCUCGUUGGAAGGACGAUAAUCGCUGCGCACCGCAAGGGCAAGAACAUGUGGCUCGAACUCGAUUCCCCGCCUUUUCCUUCCUUCCAGUUCGGCAUGUCGGGUGCUAUCUAUAUUAAGGGGGUUCCCGUGACAAAAUAUAAAAGAUCUGCAGUGAAUGAUGCUGAUGAGUGGCCAUCCAAAUACUCAAAACUAUUUAUAGAAUUGGAUGAUGGUUUAGAGUUUUCAUUCACAGAUAAGAGGCGCUUUGCCAAAGUUAGAUUGCUGCAGGAUCCAGCGUCGGUUCCUCCUAUUUCUGAGCUAGGUCCUGAUGCUUUGUUGGAGCCCAUGUCAGCAGACGAAUUUGCAGACUCCUUGAGCAAGAAAAAAAUUGCUAUUAAAGCUCUACUAUUAGAUCAGGUUGCAUAUAUUGCAGGUAUUGGCAAUUGGGUAGCUGAUGAAGUGCUUUACCAGGCAAGGAUUCAUCCACUGCGAACUGCUUCAAGCUUGUCCAGACAGGAUUGUGAGCAAUUGCAUAACAGCAUUAAAGAGGUGAUUGAAAAAGCAUUGGCUGUUGGAGCCGAUAGUAAUCAGUUUCCUAGUAAUUGGAUCUUCCACUUCCGGGAAAAGAAGCCUGGCAAGGCUUAUGUCGAUGGAAAAAGAAUUGAGUUCAUCACUGUUGGGGGCAGGACUACAGCAUUUGUGCCUGAACUUCAGAAGCUGACAGGGGCAUCGUCUGAAACUGUAAAAGGUAGAAGCAGAAGGGAGGCCAAGUCCAGCAGCGAAGAGAACGUAAAGCGCAGUAAUAAAACAGAAAGGCAGGCCGAAAAUGAGGAAGCUUCAGGCUCUCUCGCUAAAAGAAAGAAGAGGACGAGUGCUGCUGAUGAUAAGGAAGGCCAGCAAAAGAAGGGCGCUCAAACUGGAAAAGGAAAACAAGUCGUCUCAAAAAAGGCAGCAAAGGUUGUGAAGACCAGAAAGAAGGUGCAGAAGAAGUCGAAAAAGAAAUAGAUGCGAUUGUCCGUGCAAAUCCUUUUUGGCUAAUUUGGAAAGUGGGGGUGCUCCAUUUUGUGAGGCUUUCACAGGUGGCGAUUGUAUCAAAUCGCGACACGCUAAAUGAUGUAAAUAUUGUCUGUCUUUGAAUUGAAAGCCUUGAUGCGACGCCAUCUAUAAAAUGCACCCAACCAUAGACGGAGCCGGAUGAAAGACGCCGAGAUAUUAUGGUUUAAUGGGUUCUGCUGUCGAGAAGAUCGCUAAACCUCGACAGACCCUAGAAAUUUGUUGAUAUACUAAUAGACUUGUUUCAGUAACAAGCUUCAUGCAACGUCUUCCACCCCCCGGAGGGAAGAUACCUGUUCAUUGAGGCAAUGGCAUCAUUAAGGAUUGGCAUAUCAA